AUGUCCUCACUCUCUUCUCCAUCGUCUGCAUAUUCAACGCUUGAGCCACUGGAAUUCAAAGCUGACCCUGAAGUUGUCAGUAUGCUAGUGCAGAUCUUAACCACCCGCCACGGCAUACUUCAUUACCAUGGGGAAACAGGAGAACUGGCGACCUAUCAAUGGCCGACUGACCGACAUGGGCGCAAAAUCCACCCAUCACAGUUCAAGGCAUAUCGCGAGACGCAUUAUUUGAGCGAACUCGGGGGAUAUGUCGAGGAGAGUAUGUUGCCGAAUGUGCGACCAGCACUUGCGCCUAUAUGUCUCAAGACCAAUCAGGCAGUUGGGGAUCCACUCUUGCAUGAUGACCAAGUCUGCGCUGUUGCCAUGUCCCCCGAUGGAAAAUACAUUGCCAGCGCUGGACUAGACAAAACAAUCUAUGUAUGGAGCCUGGAGGCGGCGCUCAAAAAUGUUCUGGGCGCAGAUGAUCGCAAUUCAAAGCUCCAGGCCAGUCAUCUUUGCUUCUCUUUCACACUACAUCUCACUUUUUCACUAGGGACAUCCAGCCCAACCGAGAGUUGUGCGCCCACCGAUUGUGAGCAACCCCACCUUUUCUCAUGUCUUGUUAGACCUUUGACCCCCGUCUUGCGUCUAAUCAGCAGGUUCAAAAUACCGGACUGGCAAGAUAUGUCAGUGCAGUACACAAAGAUACAGGGCAAUGGUUUCUUUGGCGAUGAAUCAGACCACACAUCUCGUCGUGCAGCUCCGUCCACAAGCCUAUCGUCCCUUGUUCAUUGGUGUCAUUUGCUCAGUUCCAUACAUUUCGGCACACGACCUCUAAAUGGAUCCCAACCAAUCAGACGACGGUCUCGACACUGGAAUUUCAAUUUCCAGUUGUUUUCUGGAGGACAUUCCACACACACUGUCGAUGCACCUCUGGCUCAAGAUGAAGAUAGAUAUGGCAUUGUCCAUGAAACUGAUGUGGAAGCGGCUGCAGCUAUGCAACGUACCAACAGCAGCUGGGCCAACAGUCUAACGCAAUCAGGUCAACCAGCAGCGGCACAACCAUCUCAAGCACAACCAAUCCAAACACAAGCACAAGGCUCAACUGGCGGAGCAGAAGACUUUGUGUAUACAGGAGUGACCUGCUGCGCAUGGUUCUUUGGUCUCCGUCGUCCUGCUUCGCAUCAGUCGUGUGGCACGCGCGCACUCAGUUCAACUCUUCUUUCCUGCACCUGUGUCUAA